AUGGUAAAGCUUCACGCCCCCUCUCAAAACGCUCUGGUAUAUGGUACAGACGGGGAGAAAGCUCUUUCCGAGGGCUUUGGAAGACCUUUGCCAUUCGCGUUACAUCUCAUGUGCGACAUUCACAUGAGGGACAACAUCGACAGCAAAUUAUCGCAGCUUGGGAUUUGUGCACCUGUUUCAGAAGAAUAUCGAACCGAUAUCUUCCGGAAAAACAUUGGUAGUAUUCGUAUAGCUGGGCUUAGUGAUGCCUCAAAUCCUGCCGAGUUUGACGCCAAGGUGGUAUCAUUGAGUGAAGAGUGGAAAAGGAGACACCCACAAGGGGGACGUUUCUUGACGUACUUCAAUAAGUACAAAGCAGAGCAAAUAAAGAAAGCCAUGACGGCCGAAGUUCGUUCUAUGGCUGGUCUUGGUUUUCCACCUAGUGCGUACGACCAGAACGCUAAGGAAUGCAUGAAUUCCGUUCUCCAAAGGGAGAAAGAUAACACGGGAAAGAAGCGAUUAUCUCUGCCGCAAUGUGCUAGACUUAUACGGACGACCGUUGCCAGACAACGAACCGAAGAGCAGUUAGCACUGAUUGGAAUUGGCGAUUUGGAGCUUGAUCCUUUGUAUCUAGACCUUGCCGUUGACGAGACAACCUUUUACCGCAAAACAGCGCAGCAGAAGCAGGCGGUGCUGAAGAAGUUUAAUCAGCAAAAAGUCAGAGCCGAAGAUAUAGCAUCAACCUCUGCAAAUGAUGAACCCCCUCCUACUGUGGGCCCCUUGUCCAUAUCUCCCCAGCAAAGCGCCAUUAUUCGCGUGCCCUACUCAUUGCUGAAGGCAAUGUUUAGCAAAGCGGGUUCUCUAAACUUUCGUGGCCAACAAGCCAUAGUAGCAGCACCAGGAACUAAUCGCAAUCCCCAACGCUUUGUUGAAAAUGAAUCAGCACGUGCUUCCCCUUACAUGGUCUCAACAAAAUGUUCAAAACAUGGGGAAGUCUACUACGAGUGUUCAGAAAGCUGCAUUUUCUUUUGCGGCCUACAGCCUUUGCGCGCAAGUUUUAGCCGUAGCAGAGUUAGAUAACAAUUUAGACGACUAUCUAAAGUGGUACAAGAAAGUCAAGCAGACCCCAGCCAAUGUCAUCGCAUUAGCAGAGAUGGACUUACCGUCUAGUCGGGGCACCAAGAGAAAAGCGACCCAAAUACGAAAGGGGGGAAAAAACACGAACAAACAGCCAAGAACGGUGGUUGAAAACUACAUCGACCACGGUGAGAUGCCCUCCGCUUCCACCAUCACAAGCGACGCAACAACCAGUUGUGCCGUGACAAACACCACCGCCAGGGAUCGCUCGACAACACAGGUAGACGCAGUAGCAGCCCAAUUGUUCACUCAAACACAGCCAGUGGUAAGUUUACAAUCUGGUCGGUAAUGUAUUGUCUUCUAUAGAAAUAUAUCUAUAUAUAGAGAGAAAAAAGUUUAAAAAGUUAAAUAUCCUAGGUUAAUCUUCGACGGUCUAAAAAAAAUUAAUGGCCUUGGGUAAGCUCGACAAACUCCGGAAGGCUUAGUUAAUGUUAAUUUUCGAAAAACUUCGGAAGGUUAAGUCGAAAGAACCGGCGAAGAAAUAUCUCGCCAUUAACAAAGUUUUUAAAAAUGUACCAGUAUUAAGUUUGGACUAACUUCAUUUGUUACAAAAAAAAAACAAGCUCCCUCGACAAGUGCAACAUCAUGGAAUGCGUCAGUGAUGGAACAGCGUUGCCGUCACCCCCCAAAAUGCAAGAGGGUGCCUUCCAAGUUGGGCUACUGUGA